AUGGCCGAGCCCCGCUUCAACACCGAGCGCCAUGUUAAAUAUUAUCUGCGAUGCCUCAAGACCUUCCUCCCUUCGGCCUAUAUCUCGAAUGAUUCCAAUCGCAUGCUCCUUGCAUAUCUCACUAUCUCUGCGCUAGAUGUUCUCGGCGUUCUCCAAAGCAAAAUAACCCCCGAGGAGCGACAAGGGUACAUCGACUGGCUUUACCAUUGCCAGGUCCCCUCCGGUGGAUUCCGUGGGUUUUCUGGCACCAAUUUCGGCGAGGACAAGCGCACGGCUGAGAAUGAAGCUUGGGAUCCGGCCAAUGUACCAGCUACAUUCUUUGCGCUGGUCAAUCUACUCAUCCUCGGAGACGAUCUCUCCCGGGUGAAGCGAAGGGAAUGCCUCCAGUGGCUCCCGAAAAUGCAACGCGACGACGGAAGCUUUGGGGAGGUGCUCGGUCCGGAGGGGAAGAUUGAGGGUGACAGUGAUCUACGUUACUGCUGUUGCGCGUCUGGCAUACGGUAUAUUCUCAGAGGCAAGAAUGGCCAGGGCGUCGAGGACGUGCCCGACAUUGACGUGCCGAAGUUCAUCUCAUUUAUCGAAGACUGCCAGAGCUAUGAUGGUGGCAUGGCCGAAUCUCCGUUCCGCGAGUCCCAUAGUGGCCACACAUAUUGCGCAGUUGGAUCUCUAGAGUUUCUGCGUCGGGCAUCAGAAGACAUCCCACCGGUUCCGCUGCUAGCUCCCGGGUCGAGGAAGUUUGAGACGCUGUUGGGCUGGUUGGCAUCCCGGCAGACACACCAGCUACUUGGCGAGGAGGAUGAAACCGAAGACGAUGGGGGCGAAGAAGAAGAGGAGCAGCGCAUCCCUAAGGUCGAGGCUGGGACAGAGACCCAGACAGAAUCUGUGGAAAAGCUUGUCUCCGAGCUGUCAAAUAUGACACCAAUCUCAGGCGAGAUGAUCGCGUGCGCUGGAUUUAAUGGGCGAUGUAACAAAUUGGCCGACACCUGUUAUUCGUUCUGGAACGGCGCAACCUUGAUGAUGCUGGAUCGAUAUUCGGUGAUCGACGAUGUGCGCAAUCGACGGUAUCUUUUGGAGAAGACGCAACAUCUUGUUGGUGGCUUUGGAAAGGCGGUCGGCGAUCCCCCCGAUCUGCUCCAUUCAUAUUUUGGUAUGGUAUCAUUGGCGUUCCAGGGGGAGGAAGGACUGGCUCGCGUUGAUCCCGCGUUGGUCACCACGGAGCGCACCGUUCAGCAUCUUCAAGCGUUGCCGUGGCAUCGGUAG